AUGGCUAACAACGUGACCGCUACCAGAGAAGCUACAAGGCGUACUCACACUUACAGUUUCCAUCGCGAAGGCUUGGUUCAGUUGGGGCAAUUGGGUGGAUUGAUCACUGGUCAUAAUAAAACUGUGUUCACUGAGAAUUAUGGAAACAUCUUGACCCUUUUGGACUCACACGUCGACGAAUGGGAGAAACCUGAUUUGAACAACAUUGCCAAUGCUCUUUAUUUGAGCAUAGAAGACGUUCUUGGGAAUUGGAAGAAGAAUGGUAACACUCAUGGUUUCUAUAUGAGUUUCUUGGUUGAGAAGGCCCAAGAGUUGGCCAACAAAAAGAUGUGGGAGGCCUUCAACGCCCUUCUGGCCGUUUUGAUUUAUGGGAUCGUGAUGUUCCCUAACAUUCACAAGUUCGUUGAUCUGGCUGCUAUAUGUCUUUUUGUGGAGAAGAAUCCGGUCCCUACUUUGCUAGCCGAUACGUACUAUUCUGUUCACUCUCGAUAUGGGAAAGGAGGAGCCAUAAGAAAUUGUUUGCCGUUGUUAUACACCUGGUUUAAGUCCCACCUACCUACAAGUGGUCCUUUCAUUACUUCUACUCAGAAAUGGCCUCAAAGGAUCAUGGGGCUUACCGGAAAUGACAUUGUCUGGUGUCCUACUAGGAUGGACGUAGAGAAGGGAACCGAUCUAAAAGGUUUAGAAAAAGUGGUGAGUGCCUGGAAUGACAUCCAUACGAGUGAUCAGAUUUCUCUAGGUGAAAAAAAUGCCGUUGCCAAACAAGCCUACACGGAUUGGGUUGAAAAUAGAGUUAAAGAUCGCCUGUUGCCUUUCCCGAAGGUUAACCCAUUGUACGAGCAACCACCUAAGAUUCCAAUUGCCACUGUACCUGCUGAGAAUCGUAUCCAGGUAGAUAUGGAAUGCACCCAAUUGCACGAAAAGAAGUCAGAUGCGCAACCGAAACAUUGUCUUGUGGACCAGAAAAAGGUUGAGUUGACACACGAAGCCAAAAUGCUGAAGGGAGGAUCUUCCAGAGUUCAAAAGAGGGCUAGAACGGAAAAAGGUGAUAGAGAUACUACUGUUAUUGUCGAGGAUCACCAGAAGAUCCUAAAAAGGGCCAUGAAAGAGGCAGAGGAGAGACUCAAGCGAGAGUACCGAGAAGACUUGAAAGCUUAUAAGCUCAAGAUAGAAAGGGAUGCUAGAGUUGAAGUAAAGAAUCUGAAAAAGAAACUGGAAGAAGAGACCACUAAAAGAAUGGCAAUUGAGACUCAACUGAAAGGAAGUCACCUCCGUAAUACUCGACUAACAGAAGAAAACGCCAAGCUCAGAGAUCGAAUGAUGGGAAAACUUUUUCAGAGAUCAUAUGCUUCUGCUGCCACCAAAGAGAUAGAUCUUAAAUGCACUAUCCUUCCUGUACAUGGUCUUGAAGAAGAUAUGUUUCACCAUCUUUAA